UAUAUUCAGUUGGUCGGUUCUUCUUCCAGUCUACGUUUGACUGUUGAAGACGAUUAAGUGGUCCAGGAGAGAUCCCAACAUGCGUAUAUUAAAGGAAAGUUUUUUGGGUGUUGUGUGCCUUGUUUUAAUAGCAAUGGCAAAAGCAGAAAAUGUCAGCCAAGCACUUAGUGCUGUUUCGCAAGGAUCAAAUCAAUUUUCAUCUGCACUAUUUCAGACUGUGGCAGAGCAGAAUUCUGAUAAUCUCAUAAUGUCUCCACUCAGUGCAGCUAUUGUCCUUGCUAUGGCAGCAUAUGGAUCUCGUGGUGAAACAGAAAAUCAAUUCAGAAAAGUACUUCAUCUUCCAUCACCAGACAGUCUUGGUACAUCUGGCUAUCAAGCACUUAUUGAUAAUCUCAAUAGUGUUAAAGAAAAUAAACUUGAUAUUGCUAAUAAAGUUUUUGCUGCUGAGAAAUUCUCUGUUAACCCAGAGUACAAAAAGUUAACAGAGUCUUACUUCCGUUCUAUUACUCAGCUUGUAAAUUUUGCGAAGUCUGUUGAAGCUGCAAGCACUAUUAAUCAAUGGGUUGAACAAAAUACAAAUAAUCGUAUUAAAGAUAUUAUUAGUCCUGGUGAUUUGGAUGAAAGUACAGCUAUGGUACUUGUCAAUGCAGUAUACUUUAAAGGCCAAUGGAAAAAGAAAUUUGAUCCUGAAAACACGAAAAACAGGCCAUUCCAUAUUAAUGCAGAUACAGUAAAAGAUGUCCCAACAAUGUUUGUACAAAGUAGUUUCAGAUAUGGAGAACUUCCAAAUUUGCAGGCUAAAUUCAUUGUAUUACCAUACAAGGGAGAUGAACUUAGUAUGGUAAUAAUACUUCCCAAUGAAAUCAAUGGUUUAGCCGAGGUUGAAAAAAAAUUACAAAAUACAAAUAUCAAGGAUAUCCUAAAUGAGGGAUAUGUACGUGAUGUGCAUUUGUAUUUACCAAAGUUCAAAGUUGAAAGUAAAAUGGAACUGAAAGAACCUUUAUGCAAGUUGGGUUUAACCGAUAUGUUUACCCCACGUGCUAACUUCUCCGGCAUUGCUGAUGCUCCACUGAUGGUUAGUAAGGUUGUACAAAAAGCCUUUAUCGAAGUGAACGAAGAAGGAAGCGAAGCAGCUGCUGCUACCGGUGUCAUUAUGAUGAAACUGUCUUUGGAAAUUCCUAUGGAUUUUUCAGUUAACCGUCCAUUUUACUAUACCAUUGUAAAAGACACAAAAGACGAUUUAGGCAAUGCGUCCUCCGCCAUAUCAUUAUUCAGCGGUCACGUUACCGAACCCAAAAUAUAAAAACUGUAUUUUUCAAAAUACGGUAGACUCUCGUUAUAUUGCCGUUCGCACGCACCUGCACGCAUGCUUGUUUUUCCGCGCGAAAAAGAAAGCUUUUCGGCCAGUAGAGAAUAUUGUCAGCGUUCAUUUUAUUUUUCGCUUAAAACGGUCAUAUAACGAGAGUCUGCUAUAAUAAUGUUGCCAUACGUUUUACCUAAAUUAUUACUGUUUACGAGUAUUAUGUAUAUGUUCGUCUAAUGUAAAAUGAUAUAACUCAGGUUUAAUUAUACAUGAACAUGUUAAAGUAUUUCGCAUUUAAAUUAAAUACCUCAGUUUGCCAUUGAUUGAUUUAUACAAGAUGUUUUGUAAAGGUGUUGGAAAAAUAUAAAUAUAUGUAUUGUUUACAGAAAUGAAAAA